AUGCAAGAACCGUGCAGGGCGUCACGACACCCGUCAUGUGAUCCAUAUGCACCAAUCAUAUUGCAGUACCAGCAGCACUUGAAGGGUCAUUCUGCAAAAUUGUCCACUCCGAUCUUGCAUUCUAUCGGUGAACGUGGCAGUAAUUGUGAUCUCCCUUCUGUUCUAGGUAAAUGGUCAGUCUUAACCCGUCAUUUCAAUGGACAUGUGUCUUAUAACAAUAAUUUUUGUGUGCAGUUAAAUACUUGUUCGUACUGAAGUUAGUUGUUGAUUCUUUCACAGAAAACACCCCAAAACUCGACAUCAAGAUGGUGAAAGUAGGAAUUAAUGGGUUAGUGAAAGUGUUGAAUGAGCUUUGCUGCUUCUUUUUUCUAUGUUUCUGUUCUUGUCCAUCAUCAUUUGACUGUUAAAGGUAACAUAUUCUUGCGUUUUUAUCGUAGAUUUGGACGUAUUGGACGCCUUGUAAUGCGUGCCUCCCAGGAACAUGAAGAAGUACAAGUUGUCGCAGUGAACGAUCCAUUUAUCGAUCUGGAUUACAUGGUUAACAAUAUUUUUAUUAUUGCUUGUGUAAUUCCAUUGAGGAAUAAUUUUAUUUUAUUGUGACUAACAGAACAGGAUUCGUAGGCAGUUUUUUUAAACAACCAGUAAACUAAAUCAAUAUCGUAUUGUUCCAAUAAUGGCGGCCGCUUCCUGAUAGGUCAUGAUACCAUCUUUUGCAUGAGCUCAUACGUAAUCGUUUGACGCACAAAAAAUUAACUGUCAGAUCUACGUGUUAAUGAGUUUUUAAUUAAUGUCAGUUAUUUUUAGUUUGUGGUUGCACUUUGAUUUAAAAUUUUGUUUCUACCUAUCAGCACACGUGUAAUAUUUUCAGAUAUUUCUCAGAUUUUAGCACUGAUCUCCACAGUUUUUCCAGACUUUCCAUGACAGGUCGUGUAGGUCACAGACUAAAAGCAAAUCGAGACCUACUGAUUCAUGAAAAGUUCAUUAAUUUCUGCUGUUUUGUCAAAAAGGUGUACAUGUUUAAGUACGACUCCACCCAUGGAAGAUUCAAGGGAACUGUUGAGGCAAAAGAUGGCAAGCUUGUAAUAAAUGGCAAAGCAAUUUUUGUCUAUGCAUUGAAAGACCCAAGCGCAAUACCAUGGAGUGAAAGUGGUGCUGAAUAUGUUGUUGAGUCAACUGGUGUUUUCACAACGACAGAAAAGGCCAGCGCUCACUUGAAGGGCGGGGCCAAAAGGGUCAUCAUUUCAGCCCCUUCAGCUGAUGCUCCCAUGUUUGUGAUGGGAGUGAAUGAGGACAAGUAUGAUCCAAAAUCUAUGACAGUUGUUAGGUAUGUUGAUAGAUUGUGCUUUAUAGAAGUUUUUUUUAGUCGUGAUGGUCUUGAAGUGAGUAGUGUCACUUUUGGUGGGUGGAAGUAGUAAUCAGUUAUUAUUCACUGAAAAUAAUUCUCAGUUUAUAAUUAGCUCAAACUGCCUGGCUAAUUUUUCAUAACCAGCCAACUUUGACCAAAUUUGCUUGAUUUGUUUUUAUGCCACAUUGCAUCAUUUUAAUUCAUUGAUAUUUUAAACUUCAUAGAUCAAAUUAUUCCCAUUAAUCCAUCAGCAUCCAUCCCAAUCAAAGAUUCUUUUGAAUUUUCAAUUCUUUGACUGAAGAGCAUGAUAUUGAAAUUAAAAAUAAACUCAAUAAUGAAAAAACCACGGUCAAAAUGUAUUAUAACAUAACUAGAAUAUUCACCUAAUCAAAUUCAAUUAAUAGCGCAAGCAUGCUUCAUACUCCCAUUGAGCAUGCUGAUGACGUCAAUAAACUAUACCUCGAGUUCUUGAAAGCUUAACAAUCCUCCCAAGACAUCUCCUACGUGCAUCCAUAACUCAACAGUACAGUAUGACAGGGGCGGAUCCAGGAUUUUUUUUAGGAGGGGGUGCACUUGUCUCUUGCUCUACUUCAACACCAAUAAACCACAUAGUUUUAUUUUUUUCUCAGAAAACCAGUUGUAUUAGCUUAUCUUAGUCUUAGGGGGGGAUGCACACCCCCUGCACCCUCCCCCUAGAUCUGCCCCUGUAUGAAGCGUUAACCAUGUGUUUUAUAAAGAGAACACUUUUGAAUUUGUCAACCAAUAGUUAAGGGGAAAGAGGUGAGUGUUGUUGUUGUUGUUAUUGUCAUCUCUGUGAACUGUGCAGGCUGUGGUGUGAGCAAAUCACUUUUUGCACUUGGGAAGUUUGGAGAGCACUCAGGAGGGUCGAGCAACUCUUACGCUUUUUUCGUGCUCUCCAAACUUCCUGCAUGCUCAAUAUCUCGACAUACCCACGCUGACGCAUGAACUAAUUGUUAAUUCUUCCAAGGAACACUUGACCAGUUUUAACUUUACCUCUUGCGACCUGUGACAUUUUUUUUUUACCCCUAGCAAUGCAUCAUGCACAACCAACUGCCUUGCUCCUUUAGCCAAAGUCAUAAAUGACAAUUUUGGAAUAGAAGAGGGUUUAAUGACCACGAUCCAUGCUUACACUGCCACACAGAAGACUGUUGAUGGGCCAAGUGGAAAGGUAUGUGCCAAGCAAAGCUUCCAACAAAAUCUGUAAGAUGAGAGCUACAUGUGUUAACCACAUCAAAAGAGAACUUCAAAACCCCCAUUUUUCUGUAGAUAAGUGCAAAAGGUUGGAACACUUGGUCACAAGAUGCAGUAACAUGUUGCGGCAAUAUGUGAUGUUGCAGGGGCAAAGUACUUUUUGCUUAUUUCAAAAAUUUUUCUGAAAAUCUUGUCCCUGCAACAGAAUUUUUGCCACAGACUGCAACAAGUUGCACAUAAUCAAACCAGUGGGCACAAAGAGAUUUGUUGCUGCAAAGUGUCAUGCUACUAGAUGCCUGACUUGUACACAAGUAGUGCUUUUUUGGAAUGACAUGUCGCCUAGUGUGUUCAAACUUUAAUAAGUUUUCCCCAACCAUUUUAAUAGCAAUUUAUCCAGUGUAGAUUAUUUGGCAAAUAAAUUCUGGGAUAUGAACCAAGGGUGGUGUUGAAUAUAUGAUGUUUGAACUUUGCUUAUUUCCCCUUUUUCUCCACCCCAGAAAUGGCGUGAUGGCCGCGGAGCUCAUCAGAAUGUAAUUCCAGCAUCUACAGGUGCUGCUAAGGCUGUUGGGAAGGUUAUCCCUGAACUGAAUGGAAAGCUGACUGGUAUGGCGUUCCGUGUUCCUGUUCCAGAUGUGUCUGUGGUGGAUCUUACCUGCAGACUCAAGAAGGGGGUAAGGCACUGCCUCACUGUAUGUUGAACAGCACUUUUGGUUUUAUUGUGUUGAUUACCUACAUGUAGUGUGAUACCAGUCAGAACAUUUUUUAAAAUAUUUCAUUAGCCCUCAUUGGCCAAUUCCAAAAAUGAAUUACAGUCGAACCUCCAUAUAUAUGUGACCACCUAUUAAAAACGCUAGCGUUUGCCCAGUUAAAGCCUUAGAGUUGGACCCUGUCUUAAACAACCACCUGUUGUAAGCAACUGCUACCACUUUUCGGGGAUGAUGGUUAAAUAACUUUGUUUUCAGCGUGCAAAGAAAGUAGCGUCCAAUAGCCCAGGGCUAGUGGAUUUUGCUAUCAGGCUAGUGAAUUCUGUUUUUAACUGGCCCGAUGGGCAAGUUAAGUUUUUUGAGGAAUUCAAAUUACAGAAGAACUGUAAGAUCAAUCCUGCUCAUCAAACGUUUUGGGGGUUAGUUGAAAUGAUGUUUGGGCUAGUAAUUGUUAGCUUCAGCCUGCCCGAAUGGCAAGCUGUAAAAAUGACUUUCUUUGCACCCUGGUUUUUUAACCUCUUUAAAGGGACCACUUGAUGUUUGAUGUAUGCGCUAUGUUGCUUAUAAAAAGAUCUUCUCGCGACAACUAUAACUACAGACAUUGCAACUUAGAAAUUGCAUGCAGUGAAUUAUCACUUAUAAAGUAGAUGUGAUUGGACCUCUUCUCAGAAGAGACCCCCUUUGGUUUGAUUCUUGUAAGUUACCAACUGUAAGCAACCACCAAAUCUGCUCAUUUUGGGUGGCCAUUUACAAUAAGUUUGACUGUAAUUUUAAAUAUAGACUGGAAACAUAAAUUUUUGUUCUGAAAUAUUUUGGCUGAAUCACACAGCCUUCAACAGUUGAUAAUUUGUACAAACACUGUACAUGGUUUUGUAGCUGUCACAAGAUCUUAGAGCAGCCAUUUGACAAGAGUAUGGUAUUGUAGAUGUUUGUUUGCUCCAUUAAGAGUUAGGCCCUCAACCAAAAUGUUUGAGGUUACAUUAUAAAAAGGUGGUAGCCAAUAUCCUGCAUUAGAAUUAAACAUCCUAUCUGUCUCACAGUAAACUGAGCAGACACAAAAAGGACCGUGGCAAAUCCAAGAUGGCCUUUAGUAACAAAUGUCUAUAAUUGCACACCAUAAAUUAUGUAGUUGGAAAAAAAUCAUACGGUCUAUGGAAGCUGUGAUAAAAAAUAAUACGAUCAAACCUCUCACAAUGGCCACAAGAAAUUGGUCAGGUUAGAGAGGUGGCCAUCAUAGAAAGGUUUAAACAACAGUCAAUGUAUGGACAGUCUGCCAAAAAAAGUGGCUGUUGGUGGCCAUUUUAGAGAGGUGGGAGCCAUAAGUGGAGGUUUGACUGUAUUUGAUGCAAAGCCUACAUUAAUACAGGCUUAUAUUGUUAAAAACAAAACUAAAACUGAACAUUGAAGCCAUGCAGUGUUUUGCUUAGUGUUCUUUUCCAGCAAUUUCACACCAAUUUCCCAUCGUACUAAUUAACAAAUACCUGUAAGUUACAUCCCAUUUUCUUGUUCAUUCAUUCUUUCUUUCAUUUCUUUUCUGUUGUAGGCAUCAUAUGAUGAAAUUAAGACAGUGAUGAAGAAAGCAUCAGAAGAUCCAGCACUUAAAAAAUACCUUGGAUACACUGAUGAGCAAGUUGUAUCCACUGACUUCAUUAGCAGCACUUAUUCUUCAGUCUUUGAUGCGGCGGCAGGAAUUUCUCUGAAUCCAAAUUUUGUUAAGCUUGUAGCCUGGUAA